UCGCCAUUGCCUUAGACUAUCUCGUCCGAAGAGACGGGCUUUCUAUGGAGCUCUCGAACGAGCCCCCUAUCUUUCGUUAUUCAUCUCGGGGAUCUUACUCAAGUUUCCUACCCCGAGCAGUUCUAUUUCCUAAGCUCCGGUGGCUUUUUAGACCUGUUUUUUUCUUUCUUUUUUUCCAUUGUCAGUAUUGUUCAACCCGACAUCAUCGACGUAAUGAUAGUUUCUUCAUCCUCUUAUGUAUGUUUUUUCCCCCCUCUUACAAUGGCGUUUGGGGAGAAAGGGAAACAGUGGAUCGACAAUCCAUGGGGUUCGGGUGUGUUUAGUAUGUGUAGUUCGGAAGCAGUCAAUGCAAGAAUCGUAUUUCUCGCAAAUCCCCUUGGAUGCAAUUUUUCUUUUCCCCCUUUCGUUAUGUUCGCAACCCAGGGAACACGGGGCAGGGUUUUUGCAUUUACCAAAUCGCAUUACAGACGCACACAAACAUAUAUGUCGGUACGUUGUUGAGUUUUAUUCGAAUUCUCGGAAGAGAGAGGGGAAAGGGGGUAAGCUCGCGUUGAAGGAUAUAUCCAAGCAACUAUCCGUAACCAAAGUCGAAUUGAGAGACAACUUCCCAAUUGGACCGCGCUGCCUAUGGUGUCAUGUGCUUGUGUAUGUGGGUGUCGGUGAGAAAUGUGAUGUGGAUGAGACGCCGAGCAGGAAGAUGCGAGAAAGGGGUAAGUAGAGCUUGGGAGGCGUUGACUUGUUGACUAUAUAGAAGAAAUGAGAGAGGGAGCAAG